ACCCACCAGCUCCCCUUCCUGGCACGCUGCCUGUUUUUCUGGAUCUGGUGUUGGUGUGUGAAAUGCAUGCUGAUAUUUUUAUUUUCCUGGAUUGCCUUCGGCUUGUAGCGAGGUCACGUUGGUGGCUGUUGGCGGUGGAUGCCUAGUCCUUGGGCCUUCCUGGGCGGUCUUUCAUGUUCCCUUUGUAUCUGAGGCAGCUUCCGGUGAGAGCCUGGUGUUUGUGGCGUAGGUGAUUAAUUUGCUGUAUAUGUCUGCGGAGUUAACAUCUUAGUUCCCCCCCUUUAUUUUCUUUGAAGAACGGACAUCUACUGAGCAGACCUGGUCGUUCCUUGUAGGGGGAUGCGGUCCGGUCCCAGUAGGGUCCCUUCCGGGUCUUGGGGUCCAUGCUCUCAGGGGGCGCCCCCUGUUGUCUGUGGGGGCUCCAAACCGCCGCGGGUCGGCUUCAGCUUAGGCCCCGUUUAUGAAAUUGUAGCCGUUACCAGCAUGGCAGGGCAUUCAUGGGAAAAUCGAAUGGUGCAGAUGGCAAAAUCGAGGCGCUCUUUGCGGGAAGAAAGCCAUCAAGUUCUUAUCGUUUAACAAAACAACCUUGUUGGCCACCCACAAUUCUGGUCUGUUUCUGAGACCAAAUUAAUGUUUAGCCUUUAAGGUUCUGUAAGGAGAAAAUUGUACAUCCGAAUUGUUUGGUUCUGGUCUUUUUAAUAGUAAGCCAUACUGUCAGAAACCUGAAUGUGCGCGUUUUAUUGCAAACAUGGUACACCAGGGGUUGGGAAAACCACACUAGGCAAAGAACUUGCUGCAAGAUCGGGACUGAAAUACGUUAAUGUGGGUGAUUUAGCUCGAGAAGGACAGUUAUAUGAUGGCUAUGAUGAAGAGUAUGACUGUCCUAUUUUAGAUGAAGAUAGAGUAGUUGAUGAGUUAGAAAACCAAAUGAGUGAAGGUGGAGUUAUUAUUGAUUACCAUGGUUGUGAUUUCUUCCCUGAACGCUGGUUUCAUAUAGUUGUUGUGCUGAAAACAGAAAACAGCAUAUUGUACAAAAGACUUGAAACAAGGGGUUAUAAUGAGAAGAAACUAAAAGAUAAUGUUCAGUGUGAAAUUUUUCAAAUUCUUUAUGAAGAAGCAUUAGCAUCCUACAGCGAAGACAUAGUGCAUCAGCUGCCCAGCGAUAAACCAGAAGAUCUAGAGAAUAAUAUCGAUCAGAUAUUGAAGUGGAUUGAGCAAUGGGUCAAAGAUAAUAGCUCUUGACUUACAAGACUGGCCACUUUAUAAUCACUCUUAAUAUCUCUCUGCCCACAUCAUAUAAAUGAUGCAUUUAUUAGUAAACCUUUUUUAUUAAAAUUGUGCUGCAGGACUAGUAGGUGGACAGUAUAAAGGUUUAUAUUUGGGUGUGUUUUUUUCCAUAAGAAAGUAUAAUGAAUAUAACUUUAUUAACAUGUUAAGUGCCCAGCCUGUUUUCUCUUUCAUAUGGAAAGUAUAGUGUCAGUCACUGGUGACUGACUGGGCGCUUAACGCGUUAAAGAUUGAGAAUAAAAACUGUCAUUGUUUAAUGCUUCAAUUGCUAAAGUAUAAAUAAACCUGACCAAAUGUGUGGGAGGAUAUCGUUUAAGUUUAUUAAAGAAGAAAAUGAAUAUGAUCUCGUAAAAUAAAAUCUAAAUAUAAAGCA